GUGGGCGUCGAGGUGCCACGCCCUGGCUCGCCAGGAAAAAAGCGGUACAGCAAAGUGUGGACCCCACCUGUUUCCAUCUGCAGGAGAGCGCUGCUACCCACAGCACAUCAAGCAUGGGUUUUCCCAGGGUACUAGGGCUUCCUCCCACGUGUAAACACUCAAUUGGCCGAAAAUAUCUUCAUAUAAAAAGGGUCGCAGAGCUUGUGGCAAGGGAGGUAUAAAUUGCCAGUUCACCGCCUGGCUGCUGCCUUCCCGCUCGUUCCUCCUCCUGGCGCCUCUCCUUGAGGGCUGUGCAGCGGCGGUGCCGAGUUGCAGACUCAACCCCGUGGCCCCGAGCCCGAUUCAGAUGUCAUCUGAGGCCAGCGUAGCACGGUUUGGUACGGCAAAUAGCAAGUGGAAAACAACAUAUACCGUAAUGGUCCCGCGCUGGCUCGGCUCGGAUGUGCCAGUGGGAAAGGGGACGAGACCCCCGACCCGCUGAGACUCCAUUAACGUUCCGACCUUUUAAGUUACCCAACACCCGCGAUGCCCCUUAAUCCCCUGAAAACCCCCUGCGAGACCCCUCCAACUCGCGUGAGACCCUGUGAGCCGCUGCGAGUUCCGUCACACUUCAGAUCGUCCCCGUGAACCCCUGAGACGUCGUGCACCCACGUGAGUCCCCGUGAGCGGAAUACCCCUGCCACGUUGUGAGGUAAACCCUCUGCUCUGGCAACGCGUCACUUCUACCCCCCGUGAUCUCGUGAGACUUGGCCUGCGGUUCGUGACUCCGGAACGCGCGCGGAAACUCUCGCGAGACUUUGGUCGACGCGCGCCUCACGCGGAAGUGGCGGAAGCCUCAGCUCGGACCUUAGAGGGACCAGGACCAGCGGGGCCUGCGGUGAGAAAGGAUAAGCGGGGACCACCAGGGUCCAACGGGGACCAGAAGGGGCCAGCGGGGCCGCGGAGACGGGGACCACAGCGACAGGGACCAGUGGAGCCACGCGGUGACGGAAAUCAACGGUGUCCGCGGCGAGGAGGGACCAAUAGGGACCAGGAGGGAGCCGGAAGGGUCGGGACCGCUGCCAAGAGGAGGAGGAAGAAGCCGAAGCAGGCGGAACCAACCGGGACCAGGAGGAACCAGGCCCAGUACAAGGAGAGCGAGUCUGGUGAGGCCGAGCGGGGCCUCGCCUCGGGGACAUGGAAGCCGUGGCCAAAUACGACUUCAACGCCACAGCCGAGGACGAGCUGAGCUUCAAGCGGGGCGACGUGCUCAAGGUCCUGAACGAAGACUGCGACCAGAACUGGUACAAGGCAGAGCUGAACGGACGCGAUGGAUUCAUACCCAAGAACUACAUCGACAUGAAGCCCCACCCAUGGUUUACUGGGAAAAUCCCGCGCGUCAAGGCAGAGGAGAUGCUCAAUCGGCAGAAGUUUGAUGGCGCGUUUCUGGUGCGGGAGAGUGAGAGUGCUCCAGGGGACUUCUCCCUCUCAGUGAAGUUUGGGAACGACGUGCAGCACUUUAAGGUGCUGCGGGACGGUGCAGGGAAAUACUUCCUUUGGGUCGUCAAGUUCAACUCCCUGAACGAGCUGGUGGAGUAUCACCGCAGCACGUCCGUGUCGAGGACGCAGCAGAUUUUCCUGCGGGACAUGGAGCAGCUACCACAGGCGGCGACGCGCGUGCAGGCCCUAUUUGACUUUGAGCCACAGGAGGACGGGGAGCUUGGGUUCCGUCGGGGAGACUUCAUCACGGUGGUGGACAGCUCCGAUCCCAACUGGUGGAAGGGCUCGUGUCAUGGCCGAGCGGGGAUGUUCCCCCGUAAUUACGUUACUCUCGCAAAGUAACUGGCGCGGCACACUGGCAGGUCCGGCCCUGGCCCUCCCCGGACCCACGUGUACUCUCUCCUCGCGGAGCAGAGACUCGAGCAACACUUCCCCUCUGCGCCCUGACUCUUCCGGUCUCGGUUCCGUCGCGCCUGUUUUAAUUGUUUAUUGUUUCCGACAUGUUUUCUAAUUAAAUGACAAUUGAGUGCUCAGUAUUUAACGUGAUAUUUUGUAGAGACAACAGAAUGGCUGUCGGUGCCCGGGAGUUGCCAGGUGGUGUUGUGUGCCCACGAUAAGUUUGCCUAAUGUGCCCGGGGUUCUGUGGGAACUGUUGUGGAAUGGCGUGCCUGUGCAUGCAUUGGCUCGCCCGGCGCUGCCGUUGCCCGGCGCGGUCCAGUUUGUCACCGUUGGGAACACAGAGCCCUCACUCCGUGCUCCCACUGCCUGCGAGAGCGAUUCCCAACGCUUCGUUAACACACUCGGUUUAGAUGCAGAGGCGGCCCACGACAUGGGGGUCGCAUCAUUGGCGAGGCCUCGGGUUGGGGUGAGAGGGCGUCGCCACGAUCGGGGGCGAUCCUGGCGUGGGUGGCGCGCGGCCCGGGUCUUCGCGUGUCUGGCUUCGUUCAGGCCUAAUGCUGCGUUGGCAUCGUUUGGUUUGUUGUAGCAGGUGUGACAAUUCUUCUGUGAUUUUUUUAUAACAAUAACGACAAUAAUAACAUUCCGCCCUCUGUUUUGCUUUCUGUCAUGUCUGUACUAUUAUGCUGAUGUUCAUGCAUUGUUACUCCUAGAGAAUCCAAUCAGGUAAAAUUCUAGAUAAAUGUUGCAUAAGUUGAAGUCCUGAUGGUGGUGAUAACCAUGCCCUGUGGUGCCUGAUGCAACGCGUGUUUCUGCACGUGUAUUACAACAUGCAGUGGGCAAUAUGCCCAUGCCCAUGCCCAUUGGUUUUGCAAAUCCUGGUUUCCAGCGAGUUCCGCCAAAUAGUUUUAUCAGCUGGGACGGUACCACAUUCAAAAUGUCUCAGAACAGCCAAUCUGGUUGAAAAUCGGCCGAUCUUUCAUCAGCCUGACUUGGUAAUAAAGCACAGGGGCCUCCA